AUGGCGCUGGUGACGGUGAACCUGCGAGCCGUCACCUCCUGGGUGGGCAUCGCCCGGCUCUUCGCCAUCCUGCUGUCCUGCAUCUCCUUCAGCCUGGUGGCCUCCACCAGGAACUUCGGGCCCCCCUACGGGACGUGGUGCAUGUUCAGCUGGUGCUUCUGCUUCAUCGUGACACUGCUGAUCGUCCUGCUGGAGCUGCUGGAGCUCUACCCCAAGCUGCCCCUCUCCUGGGAUGACUUCACCUCAGCCUUCUCCAUGCUGGCGGCACUGAUGAUCUUCACCAGCUCGGUGGUGUUCCCCUCCGCCUUCAUCACCAGCCCUUGCAGCAGCAGCUCCUGCAUGCGCCAGGCGGCCGCCACGGCCAUGUCCUGCCUCUGCUUCCUCGCCUACGCCCUCGAGGUGGGGCUCACCCGUGCCAAGCCGGGGGACAUCAGCAGCUUCCUCUCCACCGUGCCUGGCCUCCUCAAGGUGUUUGAGGCCUAUGUGGCGUGUCUCAUCUUCUCCUUGCUGGAUUCCUACGGCUCCCAACCUGGCCUGCAGUGGUGCGUGGCCGUCUACUCCAUCUGCUUCAUCAUCACCCUCCUCAUCAUCAUCUUCACCAUCGGCCGCUGCCUCAGCUACAUGCCCUGCCCACUGGAGAAGGUGCUGGUGGCCUACAACGCACUGGCCAUGGUAAUGUACCUCACCGCCAUUGUCAUCUGGCCCUUCUACAGCUUCAAAAACACGAGCCGGCCCAACCCCUGCGACGCGAACUGCUCCUGGAACAAGCACCUGGGGGUCACCUUCCUCACCAUCUUCAACUUCCUCGCCUACCUUGUGGACCUGGUCUACUCCACCAAGAUGGUCUUCAUCAGGGCCCCUCCCUGA